GACCGGGGGCGGGGCAGCGGAGUUUAGAGAACUGAGUGCGAAGAUGUCGGCGGGAAGUGAGAUGAGCGGUCCGGUGUCUCCGGCACCCUCCAUGCCGGUGUGCGCGGUUCUGGGUCUGGUCUCCUUGCUGUGCUUUGUGGCUGGGUUCGGUACCGGGGUGGAGUUCGUGCGGUUCCUGUCAUUCGGAGCUCUGUUGAGGAAUAUCAGUGAGGGGUCGGAGGGUGAGUCCUCUCUGCUGUGGAAAGAUGCGAUUGGAGACUCCGAGUUCCUGCGCUCUCUUGGGAUAAAUUUGGCCUUGCUUCUUGUAUUUGUUUUCCAGCACAGCCUCAUGGCCUGGCCUCUAUUAAAGGAGGGCGUGACUCGGGUGUUUGGUGUUCUUCAGCGCUCCGUUUAUAUACUGUGCACUGCUGUCUCUCUCCAGAUCAUGAUGAGAUACUGGCAGUCUUUCCCACGUGGUCCCUUCCUGUGGAAUGUCCCUACUGCUCCAUGGAGUGCAUUAUUCCCUGUAAUCUGCGCUCUGCUACACACCAUAUCAUGGCUGCUUAUUUUCAGUGUUCUACUUAUUUUUGACUAUGCCGAGCUCAUGGGAAUUAAGCAGGUGUAUUACCACUGCUUUGGAAUGGGUGACCCCUUGUCUCUCAAGUCGCCUCGUGCUGCUCGCCUCUAUGCCCAUCUCAGGCACCCGGUCUUUUUGGAAUUGCUUGUAAUCCUGUGGGUGGUACCCUCCCUUCCUCCGGAUCGCCUUCUCCUGGCCUCUGCCCUCACUUUGUACGUCUCCUGUGUUCAUCGACUGGAUGUUCAAGAUUACAGCUACCUCCGUUCUCAGCUUGAGAAGAAGUUUUCACUUUUCACCCGUGAGGAAGCGAGCACUGACCGGGAAACGUGGAAAAAUGACUGAGACCGCUUUGUAAUUUGAGUUUUGAGAAGUAUGUAGAGGACAAAAAGGACUAACUUGGGUGAAGUAUUUUGAGCUGUAAAUAAGUGUUGGUCUGCGGAAAACAAGUGCCUUGGAUGGACCUUGACUGUGGAAUACGAUGAUGGAUAGAAACUUUAAGCAUUUUAAUAAGGAAGAAACAUUGGGUUUCACCUAUUCAUUGGAUUUUAUUUCUUUUACUUUUGCAAAGUUUUAAAAAUUAGAAACUUGAUCGUGUCAAGUGCAAUGCUUUUAAGAUGAUAUCUAACUUGCUAACCGUGUUUAAAAAAAAAAAAAAAAAAGGAAUAAAGACCACCCAUGGGUUGCCAUAUUUACGAAUCUGCAGCAACUUUUAAGGAAGCAGCUGUCAACCUUGAGCCAUGUUUGGAUUACCAGAUGGACAAUGUUCUUCAGGACUGCUUCACCGUGUAACUCCCAUGAGCAAAGCUCCCUGUAGCAAAUUGCUCUGCUUUUUGUAUUUUUUUUUUUUUUUUUUU